GUGUUGUCAGGUGUUGUGAAAGCCUUUGUCCGUACUGAUAUUGGUAAAUCGCAGAGCACGGUCAAGAGUUUAUUAACCGUUAAAGAAAUGUUGAGCUUUAAUUGUCUGUGCAUUUAUUAACUUGUAGUCGACUAAGUUGCCCAAUUACCGAAGAUGUCCCGACAUCGAGAUGUUCGUAGUAUGAACUACUCCGACGAAUACGACGGUUACGAUGACGUGUAUGGACACUCUGUACCAGACGACGACUACUGUGUCUCUCCGGGUGUGGAGCAAUUCUUAUAUGAUCGUGCCAAGAAACAGGACAUAUCGUCAUUUCUUACCGAGGCGGAUAUAGAGGAGGGCAACGAGGAUGCGCAAGAACUGUCAACGGGAAGAUACAAGACUCUGCAACUUUCGGAUUCAGACAAAGCUAAAUUAUUAUCAUCGAUUAAAGUUAUUAGAGAUAUCGUUGGUGACAUAAUAAGCGAUUCGGUUCUGUCGCGACGGCUUAUCGAAACCAAUUUUAAUACGGAGGUUGUGCUGGAUGCAAUUUUAAAGGAAUUGCCACCUAAAGGUCAAACACCUUUGAAAAAGGAGCUAAAUACUCACAUAGGUAAUAAGAUAUCAACAAAACCAACGAUCCAGCUAGCAUCACCAGGAGUAAAAGUCGUCCCCGCAGCUACCAAGACCAUCGUUAAAGGAUUCGACCUAAGUGGAUCGGAAAAUCCUGAUCUGCUUUAUCCAAGACUAGAAAGCCCCAGAGCGCAAAGUCCCGCCUCGGACAGAAAUUCCCCUGACAAUAGGAGAAAGAAUGAAGGUUUUCAGAAAGAGAAGAAGACGUUAUCCUCGAAAGCUGGGACACCGAGGCGUCGGUCUCCUGCUUCGGGCAGAACCACUCCCGAAUUAGAGUCGAAAUCUAAAUACUCAGACAAUAAAACCGAUGUCCUGACUUUGUACAAGAGUAAGCGAGCGACUAGCAAGGAUCAACUGAAUUUGGUGGUAGUUGGACACGUCGACGCCGGGAAGAGCACGCUACUGGGGAGACUUCUUUGCGAUCUGGGCCAAAUUCCAAGUAGAGUGAUGCACAAGCAUCAGCAGGAAAGCAAAAAAAUAGGAAAACAGUCCUUCGCCUAUGCUUGGGUUCUCGACGAGACCGGGGAAGAGAGAGAGCGUGGGAUCACAAUGGACGUCGGACACUCCAAGUUUGAGACGGAGACCAAAAAUAUUGCACUCCUUGACGCUCCCGGUCAUAAAGACUUUAUACCAAAUAUGAUCAGUGGGGCUACCCGAGCUGACGUAGCCCUUCUGGUAGUCGAUGCGACCAGAGGAGAAUUCGAAACGGGAUUCGAUAGCGGUGGUCAGACGAGAGAGCAUGCUCUCCUGCUGCGAUCACUUGGAGUCAACCAGUUAGCAGUAGUCGUUAAUAAACUGGAUACAGUCGACUGGUCUCAAGAUAGAUUCAACGAGAUCGUUGAGAAGCUGAGCACCUUCUUGAGACAAGCAGGGUACAAAGAUUCUGUUACUUUUGUGCCCUGUAGCGGAUUAUCCGGAGAAAACAUUGUCGCCUCGCCGACGGCUGAAGGCCUCUCGAAAUGGUAUAACGGACCAACUCUCAUAGACGUUAUCGAUAGCUUCAAGUGUCCUGAACGUCCUAUUAGCAAACCGUUUCGUCUGUCCGUUAAUGAUAUAUUCAAGGGAACGGGCUCUGGAUUCUGCGUCUCUGGCCCAGUUGAAACUGGGAUAGUCUCGAUCGGUGACAAGGUAUUGGUCAUGCCACACAACGAGGUUGGCUCUGUCAAAGCUCUGCAGAUGGACGACAUUUCUAUUACAAAUGCAUUCGCUGGAGAUCAUGUAGCGGUGACGUUAUCAGGCAUUGAUCAGCAAAACGUCGUGAUAGGAGAUAUUCUUUGCCAUGUACAAAAUCCUGUACUAACGACAACAUGUUUCCAAGCACAUAUUGUAACAUUCGCUAUUGCGAUACCCAUUACAAAAGGUCUCCCAGUAGUGGUUCACCAGCAAUCUUUGGUCGAGCCUGCUGUCAUAACAAAAUUGAUAGCGCAUCUUCAUAAAAGCACGGGGGAAGUUGUCAAAAAGUAUCCCCGAUGCUUGGCAAAGAACUCUAGUGCUAUAGUUGAAAUCAGUACGCAAAGACCAAUCUGUAUGGAGUUAUAUAGAGAGAUUAAACAACUUGGUAGAAUCAUGCUCCGGGUAGACGGAACCACUAUUGCAGCUGGUCUUGUCACGAAAAUUAAGUAAUUUGAUUAAUUAGUGAGUUAUCGUUAAUAAAACAUCAUGUAUUCUUCUAGCACAUGGUGCUGGCUUGCCGAUAAAUUACACUGCUUUGUACAGAGGUGCAGUAGGUAUCUUUAUUUGAAAAUAUAAAAGAUUCCUUAAUUAAUGCAAUCUUUUAGCAUGGGUCAUUCUCGAUAUCGUAAUCGUCUCAAAUGAAGAUAAAAUUAAUUUUUGAAAUAAAUCCAUUUACAUCAAAA